AUGGGCGUUUUCUUUAUAGAUUGGGAUCUCUGGCAGGAGAUGACUUUUGUUCUCGGAUGCUGUAUCGUUCUUGUCUUCGCUACGGGACUUAUCAAGUUAUGGUGGUCCAACCGCAAUACACGCCGCCUAGAAAUCAUCGACGAAGAGAAGCGCGCACGGGUAUCCCUCAUGGCACACUGCGGUAUCGAUAACAUAAGAACUCCCGAGAUUCCCUUUGGUAUUCGUGCUCUUCAGAACGGCAUCGAGGUUGAGGGUAUUUGGAUCUCACGGCCUGAGUCGCCGGAGUCGUGUCAACUCACGCCGGCAGCGACACUAGUUGGUCGGCAAAUCAGAAUAUCAAAGGGGAAGGGGAGGAUGAUUGACCUUGGAUCAUCAGAGUAUCUACCUGCGACUCUCGGCCCUGAAGCUGCACCAACUUACCAAGCACUUUCGGACGUACCGCACCAGGGUGAUGUUAUCUCGACGAGCAGCAUUCCUGACCAGCAAAAAAACGUCCGACCAGAUCUCCUGGUAUCCAAUACUCGUGCAGACCCAGUUCCUCAACCUAAUCUCCAAGAGACCUGGAGACAUAGUGGUUCAUUAACUUCGAGCAGCCAUAACGAUGUUUUUGUGACGCCUAAGCAGACACCAUCGGAAUCUACUACGAGCGGCGCCGAAUCUUUUGAGAAAGAGCAAGGACAUUUGGUACAAAACGUAGUGCUCAACAUGGAGGAGCCAUGUGCCGCGCCUUGUGUGAGCAAACCUUCAAGGGGAACUACAAAAUAUCCAAAUGGGCUACCAAAGGUUCUCAGAUCAGAGAGUAGGCGAUUAUUAUCUAAGUCAUCAAACAGUUAA